AUGGCUGACGUUAUUAGUCUAAGACAGCAAUUAUCAUCACUCGUCGAUCAGAUUACACAAGAUGUUCAAAUAAUUGAAUCAUCACGUAAUUUAAGUUCUAAACAUCGUGUAGAAAACUCUAUUAAUGAAGCAAAUAAAUUAGCUCGUAAUCUUGAACAUCUUGAUCUAUCAUAUGGACGUGAAUAUAAACAACGUAUUGAUAUACUUCGUCAACGUUUAGAAAAUGUUAGUAAAGUUCCUAUACAUGGUGCAUGGAAUUCUGGAUUUGAUCCUGAAGUUGAUAAACUUGGACAACAACAACGUGAUUUACUUUUACGUGGUCAUUCUUCAUUAGUUCGUACUGGUGAAUCAUUACAAAUAUCUCGUCAAACUGCUCAUGAAACUGAACAAUUAGGAAACGAAAUAAUGUCUGAUUUAACAACACAACGUGAAGCACUUUUACGUACACAAGAUAAAUUAAAUGAAGGUGGUGAACAUUUAAAAUCUGGUAGUAAAACACUUCGAUUAAUGUAUAGCAGAGUUAUAAUGAAUAAAGUACUUCUAAUAACAAUUAUUCUUGUUGAACUUGGCAUAUUAGGUGGUAUCAUCUAUUGGAAAUUUUUCUCUAAAUAA